AUGGCUUCUAAACUUGUUAGCCUGUUCAUCAUUAUCGUCUGCUUUAAUGCAAUCUUUGCAACUAAACAUAUUACCUUAAAUAUAGGUAGAUAUAAUCCAGAUCAAGAUCCUACUAAGCCCGCUCCCAAUCCUUACAAAAUAUUCGAAUUCAGUCCCAAAAAAGGAAAAAAACUACACAGGGCCGUUCUUGGGCCAGUAGUCAUUUUUGAAGAUCUAUCACUUAUAUGGUACAUAGUAUCAUUACAUCUUGAAACUUUGUACUUAGUUCCCCAACUAGCCAAACUAAUUCUAACCGAUGGAACAAAUGAAACUAUUUUAUUUUACAGAUGGGAUAAACACGGUUUCGUCACUGAAACAGAGGAAAAUCACGCGUCCUAUAAACACUUUUUAGUAAACAACGCUCUUGUUUCUACGACACCAUAUGUUGAUGUUAAGAGACAAAUUAACUUUCAGGCUUUCGAUAUAACGACAGAACUUAUUUAUGAAGUUCCUUAUACAACAGUUAGGCCCAAAACAGGGUUUUUUUUACAUCUCAUUAUUCAUGCAAAUGAUUCAUUAGUAAAAUCUGAUGAACCAAUUUUAUCUUUUAAAGGUUAUAGAGAUGGUAAUGAAUUUAAAACAUUGGAAGCAUCUUUUGAAACUCCUAAACCAACAAUAUUUUUAGUUUUAGAAGAAGGAAAAUGGAAAGAAGUCAAUAAUCAAAAAUUUCUAGAUUCAAGUAAAAAUUAUCAUCAGGAAUCUCUUAAGAAGCAACAACUUCCAACAGCUCCCAUCCCUGUUGUUACACCCUUUUCUCCUCCGAAGCCAGUUGAUCUUACCUACACUGCAUUACAACAGCCUAUAAGACCACCAGACUCAUCUUUACUUGAUCAAAUUGUUGUCGCGACUCCAAUGGAACGACCUUCAACUCCCAUAACUUUCGUUCCUCGUACACCUCCAUUUCCCAAUUCGAAGGUUUUAGAUUUAAAUAAAAUUACUAGUUCUUUCACCGUAGACUCAAAAAACAGUCAUGAAUAUGAAGUUCUUACAGUUCAUCCUAAUGAAGGAAUUUCUGUUUUUGAGAUAGUGGAAUCAGGAUAUACUCUUUGGAAUAAUAGAAGAUCUGCUAAGCUGAUUAAGGUUGAAAUGUUUUUAAGAAAUAAAUUGAUUGUUUUGUUAACCAUUUUCUUUAACAGAAUCGGCCUAAGGAGAAUUUAUUUUGCUAGAAAUUUUGGAAGACUAUAUCUUUGCUCAUACCAAGACUUUAAUCAACUAUUUGACAGCUGGAAGACUGGACCUAAUUUUGAUAAUACUAUCUCAUUUUCUACUCACAUGUAUAACAAUUUGAAUCUCUAUAACCAAUACAGCAUGCUUCAUGAUGGAGUACAGUACACAUCUCCUGUUCCCCUGCAAGGUUAUAAUCUUGUCAGAUUAAUUCAUGGCACUCAUGAUGUCUUUCAGGAACAGGGUGAAAAUUGGACUCAUGUUACUAUGAAUUUUUUUAGUUCCACAAAUGUUUUGGUGACGGUAGGUGUAAACAAAAAUGGCCAACAACAUGAAAAAUAUUUCGAUUCUAAGGGGGUUUUAGUUCCUAUGGAUUACCAAACCUUCACCAACACUUUCUUUCAAUUUCAAUCUGAGAUUCACCACCAAGCUAACGUUUUGUUUGAUUUAAAAAAGGAAAUUAGACAGUCAUAUAUUAAACAAAACCGUGAUCUUGUUUAUAUUGUUCCUUUAAGUGGUUAUUAUGUUAGAAUCGUAAAUUAUGGCAAAUAUACUUUAUGGAAAUCUAUAAACGAUAGAUGUACAUCAAUUCAAUUCCAUUUUGACGAACAUCUAAAGAGUAUUGUCUUGGUAAAAUUGUUCAUAAGUACUGCGGACUCAACUAAUACCAUUUGUUUUAGGUUUGUUGGAAGUACCGUUUUCAGGGUAGAGUCUGAAUUAGAAUUUUCUACGUUGGUUGAAAAAUAUUUCCAUAAUUAUAAAAAUGAUAAUCACAGAAUCAUGAUAGAAGCUUCUCAAUCAGACGAUCCUAGUACGAAUUACGAAAUGCAAAUCCUUGAUUUAUUAAACUAUGAUCAUACUGUACCUCAGUAUUCCAGUUUUGAUGAAUAUGUUUUAAAAACCACUUUCAUUCCGAAUAAUGGUCGUAGAUUCCAACAGGUUAAUUAUGGUAAUCAAAUUUUAUGGGUUUCAAAUUUAUCAAAUGGCUUUUGCCUCAAGCUCUCUGUAUACUUCCAUGCAGGUUCUGUCAAACUAUUGAAAUUAUUUUCAUAUUUGAAUGGUUCUGAGAAUAUUGAAUUCAUUCUUUUUAAUGAGGAUUUUGUUGAAUCUAUAUCUGAGGAUGAAUUUAAAGCUAACAUUCUUAGUUUAAGAGCUGCGUUUGAGUCUAAUGUUAUACCGGUGGAUGAUGUAACGAUUUUGGACUUGACUGAUGCGGCAAAUUACAAUCCAUUAACUACUAGAAAAGAAAAGUUAGUAACUAUUACCUAUCACAAUCACAAAGGAUAUUUUGGUAUUCUCUGUUUCGGCCCUGAGAUUAUGUGGAUGGGCUCUAGUACUGAUUUAGCUACUCAUGUUACAGUAUAUUAUUAUGAGUACAGACCAAUUGUCGCUCAGUUGGCUAUUACUCCGGGAAGAGGUUUUAUGAAAUCGAUUUCAAAUUUUAAUCGUGCAUGGCACACUUUGAGUUCUAAUGGUUUUGAAAAUUUACUUUCCCAUAUAAGAGAUUUUGAGUAUCUUCGUACAGCUUUCACACUUCCUUCUUUAAGUGAGAGCACUGAUUUUGAUGAUGACACGCAUAUUAAUGGCAAUUUAAUUAUUAGAUCGUUUUUUUCUAAAACUAAAUUAAUGGCGAGUGUUUUCUUCGACAGAGCUAGGGUUUAUUGUCCAAACUUAUACAGAUACAUACACAGCAUGUACUUAUGUUAUCACGAUUCUCUUCCAAAGCUUCUGGCUUUUAGGGAGUACUCGAUAUAUGGUUAUUCAUUUGACCACCAUUUAAUAUUCAGAAAUGGUUGGAGGCCAGUUCCUUACUCUAAAUUCUUACAGUUUUUCCAGUAUUACAAGCAUACACUUCCUAAGAAUUCUGUCAGGCCCACCCAAUUUGAUUACGAUAUAUCAACAGACGACCCUAGGGUAAUCGUUUCGAAAAUGGAUGACCGAGUUACUUGCUACAAAUAUCGGGUCACUGAUACUCAACUAUCUUUGAGAACUCUUAGUACUCAGGGCACACUUAUUUGGACUGCUCCUAAACACAUCAAUCUAAGAAGUUUGUUUGUUUACAUGAAGGAUGAUAUUGCCUUACUUGCUAGACUUGAAGAAGAAGACCACACUCAAUUUGUCGAGGAAGUUUUCUUAAGACUAGAAGGAGACCAAUGGAGGGAGAUUGACUACAAUGUUUUUACUGCAGAAUACAAUGACCUUCUAGGACAACUACCUUCUCCUGUACCGACAUCAUCACCAAUAUCAAUUCAACAUCCAGUGGAACCCUCGGAAACGACCGAAGUAUCUCAACCUUUAGGACCAUUGGAUCAACAGGAAAUGGAUAUUUCAGAACCGCCUUCAUCUUCAGAAACUUUAGUUCCUGAGGAUACUUCCGAUAUUGUUUCUACACCUCCCGAAGAACCAAAACCAUCUACUCCCGAAAAAGAAACGGCUGAAAAUGUUUCAAGACUUGAAUUAUUAGAACCUUUCGAUAAGGAAAGAUUUACUUUUGGAAAAGGGCAUCACGCUCUUUGUGUACCUUUUGAUGAUGUCGAAACUAGACGAAAUUCACCAAUCACUGAAAUAUCAGUUGGAAAUGCAGUUGUUUGGACUUCUACUGAACCAAAUGGUUCUUGUGUUAGGGUAAGGUCAUUUUUGAAGGAUGGUAGUCCUGUUCUUUUGCAGAUUAUUAAAAAGGUCUCUAAGAAACAAAGGAAGUUUGAAUUUAUAGUUAUGGAUGAUGGUAUUUGGACUGUAUGUAGUGAGGAAGUAUUUAAUUCAACUUUGUCAUCACUUGUUCAACAUUAUAGAUCUAAAUCUUCAGGUUCUUAA